CGUUUUUUCUAUGGUCGAGUUCGAUAAUGACAUCUUCGCCGCGGGAAACUGCUAUGACCAGUAUCAGUACAAAGACUAUUGGCUAUUCUGUCCGUAUGCUUAUCGGCUGCCCGAGGGGACCAUUCUGGUGAAAGAUCUAGCCGUCGAGUACAAAUAUCUCAGCAACACAUCGGAAUGGUUCUACAUCGCCAGAAAAAACGCCGAGAAUGUCAUCAGAAACUACAACCAAUUCAGCAGAGGUUACAAUACAUACACAUACAAUGAGAGCGCUCACAGCGAGAGAGUUCCCGACGAGAUUUUGUCAGUGCGUUACGAAGACGGAAAAUGGUCAAAACCUUACUACGACUGUGGUGGCGGAAACAUCUGGAUGCUCACUUACACAGUUCCGUUUUUUGGAUAUCAGAACAAUACCUACUACUUCAAGGGAACUAGUGGAAUUGAUAUAGAUCUGCGACGAGUCGAUAUCGACCAGUGUCCUCUGCCUAAGGGAAGCACACAACUCAAUAUUUUCGCCGCUUCAGACAAAUGCAAAAAGCGCACAACAGAAUGUGUGCCGCUAUCUGGAUUGGGCUUCAGGCGAGGCAGCUACAAGUGCGUUUGCAAACGUGGUUUUUUCUUCCCGGACACCAAAGCAGAAAGGCGCUACUAUAAUGGAACGGUAAUCGAAGAGGAAUAUGAAAAGCUCAUGAUGGGUGAAACCAGUCAGUACGCAAAACUUGGCAUUUUCGAAUGUCUCUCCUGCGCCGAAGGAUGCGAAUACUGCGAGGACGACCGACCAUGUGUGGUUUCUCUCAACUGGGUAAUGCGGACGGUGAUUCUUGUCCUUUCGUGUGUCAUCAUCUGCUGCUUACCCAUUGUCGUCAUUUUCACCUGGAAAUACGGAAACGUGAAGGUUGUACGUGCCGCUAGCCCUGUUCUGCUGUGCUUUAUAACUUUGGGAGCUUUCCUUAUAUAUUGUACGAUGAUUGUGAUGUACCCUCGACCCAACAUGUAUACCUGCAUCGCACGCGUGUGGCUUCGAGAAAUCGGCUUUUCGUUAACCUACGGAGCUUUGAUGUUGAAGACAUGGCGAAUUUCCGUCAUCUUCCGCGUUCGCUCUGCUAAGGCCGUCAAGAUUACAGACAUGAACCUGUUAAAGCGCCUUGGCGUUAUAGUAGCCAUUUUUACGGUUUUCCUGGCCAUCCGAACCCUCGUUGCUCCUCCCGUUGUCAUCGUUGGACGCACGGCUGAUGACCUUAAGGCCUACUUAUGCCGCACCGACUGGUGGGACCACUCGUUCACGACAUUGGAAGUUAUGUUUCUGGUCUGGGGAAUACGGCUGUGUAUCGUCGUACGAAAAGCCCCAUCCGAAUUUAAUGAAAGUCGCUUCAUUUCCAUGGCCAUUUAUAAUGAAUUCCUUCUCUCAGUGUUUCUAAAUAUAUCGAUGUUGUUCCUGCAAAAGCCUGCUAACCCAGACCUGCUCUACAUUAUUUUCUUCUGUCAUACGCAGCUUACCGUAACAUUACUUCUGUGUCUCAUUUUUGGCAGCAAGGCUUAUAUGGUGUUUAAGAACCAUGACCAAAGCGACGACAGCUCCGGGAUGAUGUCAAAGACGCCGACUUCAAAAUUUCUAGGGAAAACGCGUGCAGGGAAUUCGCAAUAUACGAGCACGAACUCGUCGGUCGGCGGUUUAGAAUAUUCGAAGUAUUCGGAGCAAGAUGUCCAGGAGGAGUUCUUACGUCUGUACACGCAACUGGAAAUGCUCAAGGAAAAGAAUAUGCGCAUAGGCAACCGACACCUGGCGUCCAAGAUAACGGCUAUGCAGGAUGCCGCUAGGAGCCACGAUCACGUCCAAUCGGAGAAUCCAUCCAGAACGCUCGGAAAGCUGAACAACACGCUCGACGUGGUCCCUGAGAAGACCGGCGAGGACGAGUCGCCUGUCAAAGUUAAGCGUCAAAGUGUGUCUUUCGCGUCUGAAACUGAGCCCUGUGGCGACGGCGCUGUGAAAGAUAAUAAUAGUUGUAGUACGAUUGCGGAGGAAGCAGCGGCGGGAGCAGCCUCCAUAGAACUGAAGAGCAGGGAUGAAAGGAACGAAAGUCCUGCGGCUGACCGAAACGGCAGAUAUCUCAAGUCUGGACACGCCCGGACGCAUGCCAUUGUUAUAAAUCUCGACGAUAAAAGCCGAUUCACGGAGGAGGUGACGGUUUAAUAUUAUCAUUAUGUACCUGACAAUUAAAUCAAAUAAGAUUAUCUGCUGACUGCGAUUACAGCGGUUGACACGAGCCCCGUCCCUGCUGUAAUUAAUACUCAGAGGCCGCUUUUAUCAUUUUUAUGCUUACCUUGGUUAUCCUAUGUGGUGUCAUUCCGCUAAGCUUAUUAGACAUAUCUUUCUACAAUAAUUGUUAUUAUUCAAAGUUUUUAUACCCAAGUCUUUCCGAAGGAAACGUCAUUUGUAGUUAAGAUUUACAUGUAAAUAAUGAUGUAACGAGAUGUAUCACUAUAUCGUAAAUAUGUAUGUAUAUAUCAUCGAUGAUUACACAGCAAUCAUCCAUCUCUCAUUGUUGUAUUGUAAGCAUUAACGUUAAGCCCCAGAUGUUGUGUAAU